UUGUUUGUGCAGUCUCGGCGGCGGUGGUGACCCACAGUGAUUCGGCCGCUGCGCCGGGGGGUGGGGGUGCUGCGCGGGACUCUUUUUCAGACUGACCGCGGGGCAGCUGGGGAGCAUGUCGACCCCGGCCCGGAGGAGGCUCAUGCGGGAUUUCAAGCGAUUGCAAGAGGACCCACCUGUGGGUGUCAGUGGUGCACCAUCUGAAAACAACAUCAUGCAGUGGAAUGCAGUUAUAUUUGGACCAGAAGGGACACCCUUUGAAGAUGGUACUUUUAAACUAGUAAUAGAAUUUUCUGAAGAAUAUCCAAAUAAACCACCAACUGUUAGGUUUUUAUCCAAAAUGUUUCAUCCAAAUGUGUAUGCUGAUGGCAGCAUAUGUUUAGAUAUCCUUCAGAAUCGAUGGAGUCCAACAUAUGAUGUAUCUUCUAUCUUAACAUCAAUUCAGUCUCUGCUGGAUGAACCGAAUCCAAAUAGUCCAGCUAAUAGCCAGGCAGCACAGCUUUAUCAGGAAAACAAACGAGAAUAUGAAAAAAGAGUUUCGGCCAUUGUUGAACAAAGCUGGAAUGAUUCAUAAUAGACAACUGGUCUGUUAAUCUUUUUCAUCAUUGUUGUGUAUAAUUUACCUCCCAGUAGAAAGGCUAACAAAUUUUAAGUGCCACAGGUUUUAAGGAUUCUGCAGAAAAAAAGAAAAAAGUCCUUCAGUUUAGAACCUACAAAAGCUUGUGUAUCUUGAUUAAUGUACUUUUUAUUGCAUGGUGUGAACUAAGUUAUUGCUGCAUAAAUUUGUAAUAUAUCCUGUUUGUAUUUUUUUCCAAGUGUAUAAUGUUGGUGUGGAGUUUUCAUGACAGAAUAUACACAUUUUGUAAAUCUGUACUUUUUUCAAAUAUUGAAUGCCUUAUUUUUGAAUUCUUUAGAUUUUUAAAUUGGAGAAAAGCACUUAAAAGUUUUUUAUAUAUGAAUAUUACAUGUAAAGCUGUUAAAAUACAUAACUUCAGUGCAAGAGACUUUGUCACUUAUUUCCUUAUCUGUGUAGGAGGGGUUAAUAAGUCUCUAGCUCUCCAUCAAUUGAUAGUUUCAUUUCCAAUUUCAAAAGAACAUUUCUAUUUUAUCAAGAAACUCUUCAAAUUUGAUUCUAAAUACCAAUUAUAAUCUCCAACUUUAUUUUGAAUGUACCUAUAUUAGUUCCAGUUGAGUAAUUUUUAGAUUGGUUUGAUUGUGUCCAACUCUGUAUUUAAGCCAUUUGUUAGUUUCUUGCAUUACUUAUGUUAAACUGUAUACCUUCUGUGAUUUCACAAUUGGUCCUCUACCAUGAGCAGAGAACUGAUGCAGCUUUUUCUGCUACUUGGUAGCACUUCAAAAGGUUUUUGACUAAUGAAGAAAGUAAAACCAUAAGCAUUAGCAUUUACCAAAAAUACGUGUCCCAGUAUUAGCAAUGAAUUAGUUGCAUUGGUUUGAGAAAGACAAGAUAUUUGGAAGGAAUCUUGGUGUAAUUUAAAUAUUUGAAAACUACCUUUUAAUGCAAUUGCCUAUCUGUUUAUUCUGGGAAAUGUUUAACACCAGGGCCUGCUGAGUUGCUUUAUCUUGUGGAGACUUUUUUCCUUUAAAAUCUCCUCUAAGUUGUAUAAAAGUUGUACUGCAUCUUAGUUUACUGGAUAAAUUUAAAACACAGUAUUGUAGAAAGCUAAUACAAAGCUAUCCUAUGCCUUCAAAUAGUAUAGAAAAUGGAAAAUAUACAAGUAAAUUCUGUUGAACCACCUGUGUAGUCUCUCUAGUAGUUAAAACAGCUAUUUCAGUGACCCCAAAGUUUUUUGUCAUGUCCAUACCAGUUUCGUAGAAAUAACCAAUAGCGACUUCUCUAUUGGAAGAUUGGGUUACAGGAUAGCAAUAUCUACAGCCUCUAUUCGUUAAGCAAAGUUUAACACUGGAAUGGAUAAGUGCUGAUGUUUUCCUUUAAAAGUUAUUGGCAAAUUUGGGAGUAAGUGUAUGGUCUUAGAGAACUUUGGUACAAAUGGGAAUUCACUCACUGGAAUCAUGGCCAAAAACAAGAGAUGCUUUAUUUAAAGGUACCCUAUGGUCUUUAUUAAUUGUGUAAUGCUUCUGUAGUUUAGCUGUAAAACAAAUUAUAGACCUUUACUCCAGUGAUUCCCAAUUAAAUGUUAUUGAAUAUUGCUUCAAUACCUAUUUUUAUCCUUAACCUGUUUUUCUUUGCCCAAGUUAAAACUGGAACAUUUCAAGUACUUACAGAGAAUUACUUUUUGCAGGGAGGACAGUGAGUUGUGACUGCUCAAUUCAACACAUACAUGAAUCUCAUACCUAAUUCCCAUAACUUGGAGAAAACCCUGAGGAGGGUUCCAUCUCUUAGUAAUUCCUGGAUUUUUUUCCUUUCAGCCUUAGAACAGAUUCCUAUUUCUUUGAUUAAGUACCAGGUAUGAACCUUCAAUUUGUAAAGUUCUGUUAUACAGAAAGUGUUUACUUUUAAAGUCUUAUGUAAAUUUCAUAAAUGUUUGGUAUCCAAUGAUCUAGAACUAUUUAGUUACAAAAUUAUAUUGUUGGGUUAAGGUUUAAAUGCAUUUGUGAUGCAAUUCCUUGAUAACAAAUACUUCUAGCAGAGAACAAUCUGCAAAGCACUAUUGGAAGCACUUUAACAUUAUUUCAAACUCAAGGUAAUUAUAGGGUGGGUACUAUUAUAUUACAGAUGAGGAAACUAGGUAAGAGAUGCGAUGACAUGGGCUGGGGAUAUAGCUCAGUGGGUGGAGUCCUUGCCUUUCAUGUACAGGGCCCUAGGUUCAAUCCCCAGCACCAAAAAAAAAGCAAUGACAUGACUUGUUCAGAGUCAACCAGCUAGUAAGUGAUAGAGCUGGGAUUUAAACCUAGUCUAAUCUUAUAACCAGUAACUGUAUGAUCCCUGAAGGGUAUUAAGGGAAUCAAGUUUACUUUUGGAUGUUCUACUGCACAUAGGUAUUCAUUCCAAUUUGUGGAAAUAUUUCAGUUAGAGGUAUACCCAGGCUUGUAUCUAUCCAAAAAAGAGGUCUUCUUGACUGCCAUUUUUCACUUUUUUUUCUUCUUCAAUGUAAAUAAGUACAGUGUGGAUAUAGGGACACACUCCUGUCUCUGAUAUAAAGAACUGUGAUGUAUCAAUAAACCACAUCCCCCCA